AUGACUAGUAUUGAUCUUUCACCACCAUCAACAGAUGAUGACGUUAUUAUCGAUAUAUCUUCAUCAACAACAGAAGAAAUCGAUAGAGAACAGUUAAAAUUAAAGUUUCGAUUAGCACUUAUUGAUGAUGUUGACAAUAAAAAAACAAGUGAAAUAAAAGCCAAAAGUGAUCAAAUAAGAAAAUUAUUGUGUCAGCGAAUUAAUCGGUUUACUGUUGUUGCACAUGGUGUUACUAAAACACAUUUGGCUCAAUGGUGGUCAAGUUUUGGUUUCGCAAAGGAAACGAUAUCGGGCGAAACAUUUACAGUUUCAAAUUUUGUAUCUUGUAUACAUUGUUUUACUACAUAUCGAUAUGGUUCAUCAUCAACAGAAUCCAUAGCACAUCAUGAAUGUUCUGGUCCAACAACUGAAAAUUCAUCUACAUUAGAUAAACAUUUUACGAAACAAAAAAAUUCUUUUCGUCUUUGCGAACAACGACAUCUUACAAAAUUAUUUACUAAUUGGAUAUGUGAUGAUUUACGUCCAAUAUCAGUAGUAGAAGAUUCAGGUCUUAAAAAAAUUUGCUCAUACUUUUACAGUUUAGGAGAAAAAAAUUGUUCACGUUCAAUGGAUUUAGACAGUUUAUUUCAAUCACGACAAACGAUAUCACGUUCUUUAAAAAAUGAAGCUCAACUUUAUCGGGAACAAAUAAGUGAAUUAAUUAAAGAGCCGGUCGAAAAUCAAGCCUUAACUGCUGCACCAGACAUAUGGACAGAUCGCUAUCGUCAAUUAUCUUAUUUAGGUGUAACAGUAACUUUUAUUGAUUUAAGUCAACAGUUCAAAAAACUUACUUUAUGUUGUCGAAAUUUUCCUGUGGAUUUAGCUAAAACUGGUGAAAAUAUAUCAAAAAUUUUAAAAGAAGAAUUGAAUCGAUAUGGAAUUGAAAAAAUUGAUCAUAUUAAUUGGAUUAGUGAUCGUGGGUCAAAUUUUAUCAAAUGUUUUAAUUUGAAUUCGAUUGAUCCGAUAUUUUGUUUUGCACAUCGUAUCCAUAAUGUAUUGACAAUGACAUUCAUUAAUAAAAAGAUUGAUAGUUAUUUUAAUGAUGAUAGUAUGGACGAUAUUCCUGAUAAUUUAGGUCAUGAAGAAUUUCUAGGUGAUGAAUUAUUAACAUUAGUGCAACUAGGCACUGAUGGAACAACAACAUUAAAACAAUCAGUAGUCACACGUUGGCUGUCUUUGUUUGUAUGUGCUGAAUCAGUUUAUUGUAAUUUUGAUGCUAUAUUAUUAGCUUUGGAAACUCGUCGGACAACAAGAUAUGUUAACGAUUUAACCAAAUACAAUCUAAUUGAUUUAUUACUAUUAUUAGCACCCCUCAAUGCUGCACUUCAUGCUAUUCAAACUGAUCAAACACCAUCAUUACAUUUGGUCAUUCCUUUUUAUCAAAAAUUAUUACAUGAUUAUAGCACACAUUCCAAAUUAGUUUCGUCAUCAAAGAAAAAAUAUCCUUCAAUAUUUCAAAGCUCAUUUGUUGCUGAUUAUCUAUUAAAUGAAUCUAGUGGUGUACGAUUUUUUCGACAACGUAUACGUACAAAAUUAAUUGAAAUGCUUACGUUUGAUGAUCGUCAUUAUAUGGCUAUGUGUCUUCAUCCAGCAUUAAGGGAAAUGGAUGGUGUUUCAAAUCAAUUAAAAGACGUUUGUUAUGACAAUAUUAGAAAAUAUUUACGAGAAAAAAAAGUUGAUGUGGUGAAUACAACAAAAGAUUGUAAUAUACCAACAAACAAAAGAAGAAAAUUAUUACAUAAAUUUUUAGAUGAAGAUGAAGAUAAUGAACAUGAUGAAACACAGAUUCAAACAUCAUUUGAUGAAACUAUUAUUGAUCGUAAUCGUGAAGAUAUUAAUCUUACUCAAAAUACUGGUAUUGGACGUAGACGUUCAUCAUCUAGCUCGUCGUUGUCCACUGAAUUUUCAUACAGUACAACUUAUCAAGCAUCGAAACCCGACGAAUUAGAUGAAUAUCUAGAAGCCGAUAUACCUUCGUCAAUAGUCAAAGAUAAUCCUCGUCAUUUUUGGUCAAGUGUACGACAAGAAGCUGUACAAGUUAAUAUAUUUACAGCUAUUUUAAUAGCAUUAAAAACUUUAACUAAAAUCAAACAAUCUUCAUCAAUCAAUGAUGAUAAUAUGAAUAAAUUAGCAUGUACAUUUAUUAUGCAAAUAUUAAGUCAUCAAAAUCCCAUCUUAUAUUAUGCAGCUGAUGAAACUCUCGGUCAUUUAACACAAGUUAUUGGUGAUGGACAUUUUGUUGCUGAUAUAGUACCAAUAUGUUUUGAUCGUUUAAAAGAAUUUUGUGUUGUUUCAUCUCGUACAGAUUACUCAUUAGCAUUUGAAUGCUCACAUCGUUAUAUUGCAUUGACUUUAGAUUUUCUUCUAUCAAUUUCACUAUCACAAUUUCAUGUAUCUCAAUGUUAUGGACAUUUACUUAAUGCUUUAACUAUAAAAAUUAAUCCUAAACUUCAAACAAAUACAAAUUAUAUAUCAAUAUUACGUUCAUCAUGUUUAACAACUAGUAAUCUUUUACAAAUAUAUAUUGAAUCAAUUGUUCAAGCUGAAGUUAUACAAGCUUUACAACAAUUACAUUUAUUUGAUUCAUGUCAUGUUAAUUUAUCAACAGUAGUAUCGGAAUUAAUAAAAACAUUAAAAAGUCAAGAUUUAUCAUUAAGACGUGCAUAUGUUUCAUGUUUAAGACAAUUAUCACAACGAAAAGUGAAAGAAAUUAUUAAACAUACGAAAUUAUUUAUGAAAGAUACAGGACAAGAUUUAUCAAUGGGACUUUCUGAAUUUUGA